AUGCCAGUGAAUAGGUUUAGUUGGUUGUUAUCACAUUUACAUCUGAACGACAAUUCCGCAGUAUACAAUCCAAAUAGAAUAGUAGCUACCUAUGAAUCAAUGAUAAAAUUUAAAGGCUGUCAUUCAUCAAAACAAUAUAUGCCUAAAAAACCCAUAAAAAGAGGAUAUAAAGUAUGGGCUUUGGCAGACAAUUAUCCGCUUAUGUCGUACUUGAAAUCAAAUGGGAUUUAUGCUUGUGGAACAGUAAACAUGACAAGAAAACAUUUACCACAGCUAAAAGAUAACAAGUCCUUAAAACAAGGAGAAUAUGAUUGGAAUACCGAUCAAUUUUCAAUAUCAAUUAUUAAAUGGAAAGAUAAACGAUCAGUUAGUCUUUUAUCUAAUUUCCAUGAUCCAACUGACACUGAUAUUGUACCUACUAGAGCUAAAGACGGAACUUUGACAAUGAUACCUUGCCCGAAAGUUUUAAAAGACUAUAAUGAAAACAUGAAUUGCGUCGAUAAAUUAAAUCAAAACAAAAAGUCCUGCCAAAUUGACCGCAAAAGCCAAAAAUGGUGGCACCGUAUAUUUUUUCAUUUCAUCGAUAUAGCAGUUGAAAAAUCAGCUCAUCAAUCGAAAAUAUCGACAAGAAGAAGAUGUGCAAAAUGCAGCACAAGAGAAAAAGAAGUUAGAACUGAGUGGAUGUGUGCAGUAUGUAACGUUCCACUUUGCAUUACAAAAAACCGAAACUGUUUUGCUGAUCAUCAUAAGUAA